UCCGAGUUAUCCAAGCUGAUGAUCUCAUACCCGGCACCUGCUCUAUCUCACCUACCCACGCCUACGUCUUUUAUUACUUUUUCACUCUCUCUACUCAACCUGAUCAUUUACUGCGCCGAUAGACGAUUUGAUCCAAUCUUCUUGGUCUUUGGUCCUUUGUCAGAGCUGUCGCUGCCUCUCAACACCAAGUAUGUGGUGAAAGCUCGACCUACAUCCUUCCAGCAUGGAGGCACUCCCUCGAUCCGUCCUCCGCAAUGGCCUGCGUUCUGUUCGCCCGAAGCAGUUCUCCUCCUAUAAACCUGCUCCUUGUAUAACAUCUUCUGUUCUGUCGACAAAAGCCUUUUCUACAAGAUCCUACACUCCCUUGGCGCUGAGAAAUCCUCGCUUCACUGCAGCGCAGCUGUCCUUCCGUCCGGUCCGAGCUGCUCCAAACAGCAUACGCUAUAUUUCCACCAAAGAACUCCCCAACCACCAUGGCCCGGUUGCUCGAUUCAUCUAUCGCAUCUUUGCUUGGACGGGAAUAUUUAUCGUCGUCUCAGGAGGUCUAGUCUUGGCCUUCUUCAUUUUCGAUGCAACCACCUACCAGGAAAUGCCCGAUGCGACCGGUGACAUUGCCGUGAACGAGAAGGCACUUUCCCCAAGAAGGGGCGGUCCCAAGAACUUGCCCAUUGCGGAGGUUCUUGUGGAUGAUGAGGAUUGCGAACCGAUGAGAGAACAAAAAGACAAGCCAAAGUUGGUCAUACUAGGGACAGGCUGGGGCAGUGUUGCUAUGCUGAAAGAGCUUGUGCCAGGCGAUUACCAUGUGACUGUGGUUUCUCCUACCAACUAUUUUCUCUUCACCCCGAUGCUGCCAUCAGCUACCGUGGGCACACUAGAGUUUCGCUCCUUGACCGAGCCAAUUCGGAGGAUAGUCAGUCGUGUGAGGGGUCAUUUCUUAAAAGCUGAGGCCGUCGAUGUUGAGUUCUCUGAGAAGCUGCUUGAGGUCAAGGCCGUUGAUGCUAGUGGCAAAGAGCAACAUUUUUACCUCCCUUACGACAAGUUGAUUGUCGGAGUAGGUUCUACAACGAACCCGCAUGGCGUCAAGGGCUUGGAAAACUGCAAUUUUCUCAAAUCCAUCGAAGACGCUCGUCUGAUCAAACAAAAGGUUCUGCACAACAUGGAAAUAGCCUGUCUACCCACCACUUCUGACGAAGAGAGACGGAGACUACUUUCCUUUGUCAUUAGCGGCGGUGGUCCCACUGGUGUCGAAUUUGCCGCCGAACUAUAUGAUAUGCUCAACGAGGAUCUGCUAAAAUCCUUCCCAAGAAUCCUGCGGAAUGAGGUUUCUGUACACGUUAUUCAAUCCCGCGGACACAUUCUCAACACGUACGAUGAAGCGCUAUCUGUCUACGCUGAGAAACGGUUCGAGCACGAUCAGGUUGAGGUUUUGACCAAUGCUCGAGUCAAAGAAGUUAAGCCAGACAGAAUCCUCUUCAGUCAAAUGGAGGAUGGGAAGUCCGUCACCAAGGAACUUCCCAUGGGUUUCUGCUUAUGGUCUACGGGUGUUGCGCAGACUGAACUUAGUCAGAAGAUCGCAAAGAAGCUUGGAGAUUUCCAGACGAAUCGCCACGCACUCGAAACCGACACGCACUUGAGAUUGCUUGGAGCUCCACUAGGUGACGUCUAUGCUAUUGGAGAUUGCUCUACUGUGCAGAACAAUAUCGCCGACCAUCUCACCACUUUCCUCCGUGGUGUCGCCUUCGAGAAGGGCAAGGAUCCUGACAAAGUCCAUUUGACAUUCGAAGAAUGGCGCAGCGUGGCUCAUAGCGUUCGCAGACGCUUUCCUCAAGCCGCGGCCCAUCUCAAGCGAGUCGAUCGUUUGUUCGAGGAAUAUGAUAAGGACAAAUCCGGCACUCUCGACUUCGGUGAAAUUCACGAACUGCUUGUCCAGAUUGAUAACAAAUUGACCUCCUUGCCUGCGACGGCUCAACGAGCGAAUCAACAGGGUCAAUAUCUCGGGCGCAAGUUCAAUAAGAUAGCUGCUGCCAUUCCUGGCUUCCGAGCCAACGAGGUCGACUUCGGAGAUCUGGACGAAGCUGUGUACAAAGCUUUCGAAUACCACCACCUCGGUAGUCUGGCGUACAUUGGCAAUGCCGCCGUUUUUGAUUUCGGCGGACUGAAUUUCAGUGGAGGAUUGAUGGCCGUCUAUCUGUGGAGAAGUAUCUACUUUGCGCAGAGCGUGAGUAUUAGAACGAGAAUACUUUUGGCCAUGGAUUGGACCAAGAGAGCUCUCUUUGGAAGAGAUUUGAUGAGCGAAUAAAUAGAGAUGGCUCGGGAGGUGCAGUCUCGCUGAAGUAUGAAAUGCACAGUGGUUUUCAAGUCCUAUGGAUUUGAAUGGUGCUGUGUCGGUGUCGAAUAUUGACGCCGUGUGCCCGACUCACUACAUCAGAGUGAUACGAUCGACUAUGACUGUGAAUAGCGAGGAGCAGUGGUAUUGUGAAAGAACUCGGCGGACAAGGACUGAGUCGGGACGACGCGAGUUAGAGAAGAUUAGAUUGCUUUGAAGUUGAGCGCUGUACACAGGAUCAUGACCGGUUGCGAGUUUAGCGGCUUGCUCAAUUGAUUCACUUUUCUCUUGCCAAUAUAAGCAAUUUCGA